UUACAGCUGUUGCUAUGGUAAAAUGUUGAUAGUACCCCUGGAGUGUUUUUAUCCGUAAGUUUGCUAGCUAGUUUGAAGCUAAGCUAAGCUAACUUGUUGUGUUCGGUCACUGUGCCGUGGCUAAUGUAGCUAGCGUCCUUUAUUUCAUAGCAGGUGUAGCUUGUUCAUUUAUUUCUAACAUUACUUUGUGUUUAUUUUGGAAUAACAUGUCGCUCUCUUCUGAAAAAUCAUUGUUCGCGUUCUGAUCUUAGCUAACAGGGACAAGGAAUGAUAGAUAAACCGAGCAAACCAAAAAAAGAAAAUUGUUGUUAGCUUAAAUGCUAGUGCUAGCUAGUUGUCACCUCGAAAUAUGAGAGUGACUCGCUGUCUCAGGAGGUGCGCACCGUUAUUGAAUGCGUCUGUACAAUAGAAACAGCGGGACAGAUAACGACACAACUUUUUUUUUCUCUCUUCAUCCAGAGACACCUGAUCUCAAGGAUUAAAACAGCUAGUUAUAUUACCGCUGGUGUUCUUUGAAUUUGCUGUGUAACAUUAACGGAGGAAAUUAGAGCCCGUUAUGUUCAAUCCGCACAUCCACCAGCAGCAGCAGCAGCAGCAACAACAGCAACAGCAACAGUUUCACCAGCACCUGCGGCAGCUACAACAACUUUUCCAGCAGCAGCCUCCGCCUCCUCCUCCGCCGCAGCCGCCUCCUCGGCACCAUGUCGCCCACCACCACCACCAGGCACAGCGAACCCUUCCUGUUGCUCAGCAGUCAGCCCCUCCUCCCAGGAUGGUCAACCUGUGCCAGGGGACCCAGAAUACCAUCAUGGCCUCCAAUCCCAUGCUGCAGGGGGCCCUACUGAUGCAGCAGAUGCAAGGUGGCAUGCGGGGCUUCAGUAUGGCUGGACAGCAGUUCCGUCAGUUCUUCACUGCCGGGUCAAGGUCCUCUCUGCUCGGCCCGGUUCCCAUGGGCAUGGCCAUCAAGUCCCCCAUGAUGGGUUUCCCAGCUGCCCGACAGUACCACCAGCACGCUCGCUACUACAACAACAACAACAACAACACCCCCACCACAGCUUCUUCCUCCUUCUCCUCCUCUUCCAUCAUUACGGCAGACGCUGCAGCCCGUCCGCCUGACAGGAAGAGGGACAGCGAGCAGAUGGCAUCAGGGAGCACAGACGACCAACCAGCAGCUGGCAGUACAAAUGAAGCCAUGGACACGACUGAAACAGAUGGUACCGUGGGAGGAGUGGAUGAACCAACGCAGUCAUCUGAGGAGCAACUUGAAGAACCUGUAGUCAAGAAGCAGAGGACAGACGAGUCAGAAAAGCCCAAGGAGCUCUGUGGUGUUGAUACGAUCACCAUUGCAGAUACAGAUGGGGAUCUUCUGUUGUCAGAGUCUAACAGCAACACAGAGGACAGCCAGCCUGAAGACUGCAUCCUUCUGGAAGAAGGAGGCUCCACAGGCGGGUCAGACGUUGUUGAGGCGCUGGAGGAGAGCAGAGCUGCUGAGGAGCACAGCCGUUUGUCCGCCCCGUCCCCAUCCGCCAGGCUGAGCGAGGAUGACCAGCAGGCGGAUUUCCUCUCAGAGGGCAAAGACGCCUCUUUAGCUUCAACGGACAACCAGGAGGAAGAGGAGGGUGUAGCGGAUGGCGCCAAUAAGUUCUACUGCUACCUCUGCAGCAUAACCUGCCACAACCAGCAAAACUUCAAGAGUCAUAUGAACAGUGUUUCCCACCAGCAGAGGAUGAUGGAGAUCCAACACAUGAGCAACGCCUGCCUGGUCACCCUGCUGCCACGAGUGCACGAGUCCUUACAGGAAGCAAUCAAAGAUGGAGAGAAGAAAUCUGAUUUGAAGCAUUGGUGUGCCACCUGUCACACCCACUUCACCAGUAGCAUCACAGACCACCGCCGCACCGAGGAACACAAACUUGCCAGCACAGCCGCCAUCUCCUCCUGCACAGUCUGCAGGAAACGCUUCAGGACCUCCCAGAUAUUUGUGGAGCACUUGCGAUCUCAGGAGCACAGACGGAAAGUGGAGGAGCUCCAGGAACAGGAGGGCUGUGAGGCCUUAGGAAACCUGACGGCGCUGGACGCAGACGGCUUCUCGCUGGAAGAGGUGGAUGGCGGGGAGGUGGAGGAGGAAGAGGAAAGACAGAUGAGCGAACAGGAUGACUGUUUCUCCGUUAAAGAAGUGACUCUGAAGGACAUGGCCAGUGACGAGCAGUAUGAUGCUGACACGGUCUACGGGUCCAGUUUUUUUGUCCCUGUCGCAGGUUUUAUCUGCAGACUCUGCAACAAGUUUUAUCACUUUGAUUCUUCUGCCCUGCACACCCACUGCAAAUCACUGAAGCACUUUGAGAAGCUCAAGAGGUACAGAGAUGCGCUGAGUCAGAAGAGUGACGCUGCUGAAUCUUCCAGAGAGUCUCUCCCCGCUGCAGACAGCCUCAGGCCCCCAGUAACCGACACCCCCACAGACUGUUCUGGGGAAACCUCUCCCUCUGAGGACCCUGUUUUACUGACAAAUCCAGAAAACCAGCAACAGGAGGAACAGGCAGAACCAACCAUACCGGACUUCGUCAGCACGUCAGCGGGCAGCACUGACAGCACAGAGCAAGAGCUCAGCCUCCCAAGGAAAGAGGAAGAGACCACGACAAGCCAGGACUCUGCAGAUCUGGAGGUUCCAGCUGAGCCUCCUGCUGGCUUCAAAGAGGAGCCAGAUGCUAAUGAAGAAGAGGAGGAGGAGGAGGAGGAAGAGAAGGAGGCUCCUGCUGUCCCAGGGAAAAAGAAGGCAAAAGCUAAACCAAAACGCAAGUCGGGGAGGGCCACAAACAGACGCUGAGUCCGAGACGAAGUGGGGAAAGAGUGGAACCUGGAAGAAAUGUAACCUGAUACUGACCGGAUGAGUCGGUAUGUGAUGAGGUGCUUUCAUGAAACUGAGACCAAGGUGUGAGCAGCCCCGCUUCUCUCCAUGUCGGAAAGUCUCAAUUAACCACACCCAAGUAGGAAGAUUGAUAAUAAAUCACGGUGAAACAUGACUUCCCGUGUGAGGCUCUCCCAGGGUGGGAAAUUAACACCUGACAGCUAUAGCAUGCAUGUUGAAUCGGUAGUGGGCGGGUAAGUGUCCAAAUGUUGGCUCGCAGUCAGAGAAGGAUGUUUUGAACACCUAGCCUCGCCAUUAGAUUACAGUGUUCAUUAAAACGUUUGUUCAUGUAGUUCAGAAUAAAACCCUUUUCCUUAGAAACCUGUAAAAUGCCCAAAAAUAGUUGCUGCCUAAAAAGUAAGAGAAGCUUCUUGUAUUGGUUACCCUCGGAUACACAUUUGAAUAUUCGAAUCGAAGCAUUUUUAGGCAUGUUUGUUUAGAAUGUGAUGUUUACUCAUAUAUUAACUUAACUUUUACCACACUGACAGGUGGUUUAAAAAAAAAGGAAAAAGUAUGAACCCCCCCCCCCCCCAAGUAAAUUGAGAAUGUAUUUAAACAGUAAUGACUUAAGAGAUCCCUUAAUUUCAUCUUGCCACAUCUUCAGGUCGAAAUGUUUAUUUGUGUAGGAUUUAGUUUGUGACCAUUUACCUGCAAAACAAUGACAUUCCUAUCAUCUUCAGCUGAGGUACAGCCACACAGAGCCACUAGGGAACUGUACAAAGAAUAUAGUCUUAACAAGUACAGUGGGAUUGGGACACUGAUGGAAAAUGAUAAAAGGUAAAUGCAAAUGUAAUAUAUAUAUAUAUAGCGUUUUUUGAUGUAAAGUAUUACAUGAAUUUCGUAAACAGGGAAGAGAAAAAGGUGAUAAUGUGUGACUGCAUGUGUUUGGCUUAGGUUGCCUCAUCUGCAUUUGAAAAAAGGAAUUACCCCAUCUUCUGGAACUACCUAUCAAAAUCACAGUAAUUGAUUAUGAGCCCUAAAUGAAGAGCAUCUACGAUGGUUAUAAUUAUGCUGCGCUUAAGAAACGGAAAGACUGGUAGUCUUUCUGUCAACUGGACUCUCCAAAAAGUUAAUUUCCCACCCUGCUGUCCUCGAGGAUCAGGAUAUUGUUUCUGUUAAUCUUAAACUAGCUAGAAGAGUGAUUGUUCUCUUAAUAUAACGUACGAGUGGAGACAUUUUCAAGGUUGGGACAUACUUAUAGAGUGCUGAAAUCAGAUUGUAAGCAAUGUAAGUGUUUGAGUGAAUAACAACUUUUGUUUUUAAAACAAAAGUGUUAAAAAGGUACUUUAGCUGAGUGUUGAGACAUGCUGAACCCUCAAUCUGAUCAAAGCUUUGUUAAGGGCAUUUUAGUAUCUUUUUGUGGGGGCAGGGGGUCAAGUUUAUUUCCUGUUAUUUUUUCUCAAUGAAGUGUUUAAAAUGUGUUGGGAUUCAACAGGCUCUAAAUUAAGAAUCCACACAGAAGUCUGCACUAUCUGCGUUUUGCUCAUUCGGAUAUUUGAAAGCUUGUCAGUUUAGACUUAUAAAUGCUGCUUGAGAGAUUUUCCUCGCUGGGUAUUAAAGAUUGCUUCUUCAGAUUACCUACAAAUCAGUCUUUUAGCUCAUAAGUCAUAACAAUAAAAGCGUAGAAUGGAUAGUCAAGUGUGCGUACAUUCAGAGAAAAGUGUUUCCAUUGUCUUACAAUGCUGUUAGUGGUAGUUGCUUAUUUUCCUCUAAUUUACCAUUGCAUUGAUUUUCUAAGAUAUUUGUUUUUGCUAUACACUGGACAGAUGGAACCACAGUUAUUGUGAGGAGGAAUCUGUUGGUAUUCAAUUCAACAAACUAAAUGAGUAGCAGUCACAGUAGACAAAUGUUAAAUUUUGGUUCCGGCAUUUCAGCAGUCACAAGGUUUUGGGACUAAUGUGACUUUGUGGAAACAUUUCAUCGUCCAUAUCAGAGAAGGAUAUUUUGAAGCACACAAGUGGUUUGCUGACGCAUGUAGCAACUAUUGUAGUCUUGGUGGCGACUGUCACAUGACGCGUACUUAUGAUGAAGAUGUGAAUCUCAAAACAGAAGGGAGCGGGAGAGAGAAAGGACAUGUAAAAGAUAAUUUCAGACAAAGCUGUACGUUUCUUAUUGUAUUUUUAUUUAGCUACUGACUAAAUUGAGGUGAAUAAACGGGAGGUUUUUCUAACUGCUGGACAUGAUGUAUUUUUGGAUUUUUGUUUUCUGUUGGGGGGGGGUCAUUUUAAUUUAUAUUAAAAUGUCUGACAAUUCCCACA